AAUACAUACUGCUCAAAGUCAGAUACAAGUAUGUUCUGUUGGGAGGUGUCCAUUCUGUGUUGUCUCAACCACCCCUGUGUGAUCCAGUUUGUGGGAGCAUGUUUGGACGACCCCAGUCAGUUUGCCAUUGUAACCCAAUAUGUGGCCGGAGGAUCACUGUUCUCAUUGUAACACGAGCAGAAUCAUCGAUCUGCAGUCCAAGGUCAUCAUUGCCAUUGAUGUAGCCAAGGGCAUGGAGUAUCUCUGCACAAUCAGACCCAACCAAUCAUUCACAGAGACCUCAACAGAGUCUCGCUUCCUGUUGUCUGUGGAUGAGGAUAACAUGACUAAACAACCUGGGAACCUGUGUUGGAUGGCCCCAGAGGUGUUUACCCAGUGUACACGCUACACGGUGAAAGCGGACAUGUUCAGCUAUGCUCUCUGCCUGUGGGAGCUGCUCACAGGGGAGAUUCCAUUCACACAUCUCAAACCCGGCACAGCACUGUGAUACCGAAUACUGCCCCUUAAUGCCCUUUAGACUGGGUUAUAUGGUUUCAUUUUCUCUGUAUUUGGAACUUUUUAUGGGUUUUUCAUCUUUAUUUUCAAGCUGAUUAGCAAAAUAUAAUUAUAUAAAU